UAUUCAUAUUUGCAAGCAAAAAGUCCGCAGUAUAUAAAGCAUACAGAUUUAUUAUUUCUUGCAAUAACUUCGUCUCUUAUUAAAAGUUACUCAUAAAUAUCUACAUUCAUUAAAUCAUGUCGGCUGUUACUAAAGGUAUUUAUAUUGUUGCCGCUAAACGGACUGCCUUCGGUACUUUUGGUGGCGCCUUGAAAACUAUUAAUCAGGCCCAAUUGCAAACGACAGCAGCAAAAGCCGCUAUUGUUAGUUCAGGCUUAAAACCUGACCAAAUUGACACUGUGGUCGUUGGUCAUGUUAUGCCGUCCACAUCUAGUGACGGUGCGUUCCUACCUCGGCAUGUUGGUCUUCAAUGUGGGGUUCCAAUUGAGAAACCAGCUUUGGCUGUGAAUCGUCUUUGUGGGUCCGGCUUUCAAGCUAUUGUCAACGGAGCUCAAGAUAUAUUACUUGGCAGUGCAAAAGUUGCUCUUACUGGUGGUGUGGAGAAUAUGUCUCAAGCUCCUUUCAUGGCACGAAAUGUACGUUUUGGUACAACGCUUGGGGCCAACUAUAGCUUGGAAGAUUCCUUAUGGAUUGGUCUCACCGACAGCUAUUGCAAACUGCCUAUGGCUUUAACUGCCGAAAAUUUAGCUGAACAAAAUAAGAUUUCACGUGAGCGUGUCGAUGAAUUCUCUUUGCGCUCCCAAAAGUUUUGGGAAAGGGGACAACAAGAAGGCGCGUUCAAUGCCGAGAUCACACCUCUUAAAAUAAAGGUUAAAGGCAAGGAAGUCGAUUUUGUUGUUGACGAACAUCCAAGGCUGAAAACUACUUUAGAUGGUCUAGCGAAAUUGCCGUCACUUUUCAAGAAAAACGGUGUAGUUACGGCAGGAACAGCUUCGGGCAUUUGCGAUGGAGCUGCUGCUGUAAUAUUGGCCUCUGAAGCGGCGGUUAAUGAAUAUAAGUUGAAACCUUUAGCUCGCCUAGUGGCUUACGCGUACGUGGGAUGCAAACCAGAGAUUAUGGGCAUUGGUCCAGUCCCGGCAAUUCAAAAUGUUUUAAAAGUUAGCGGUAAAAAACUCGAAGACAUUGAUCUUAUCGAAAUUAACGAAGCUUUUGCUGCUCAAACAUUAGCUUGCGCUGAUGCUCUCGGUUUAGAUAUGAACAAAUUGAACGUUAAUGGCGGUGCAAUUGCUUUAGGUCACCCUUUAGGAGCUAGUGGAAGCCGUAUAACUGGUCAUUUGGUACAUGAAAUGCAACGUAAAAAACUUAAAUAUUCAAUCGGCUCUGCUUGCAUUGGUGGCGGUCAAGGUAUUGCCCUAUUGAUAGAAUCUUGCUAACUAACUCUCUAUUGUUCCCAAGCCUUGGUUCAACGUGCAUUUAUUUAUUUUAAGAAUGUUUUUUUUUUUUUGCAAAAUGUUAUGACAAUGUGUAACACACAAUAUUUUUUUUUUUUUAACAUAAUUUACAGAUAAACAAAAAUAUAUUUGAAUCUUUCUAUGCCCUCUGUA